AUGCACAGUGCAGCAACUCACCCAGACUCCUGCCAAACCUGGACAGGGACAGCAGUUCCAGCCCUGCUGACACUGAACCCCCAGACGGCGCACCCCCGUCUCCUCCUGUCGGACGAGGACACCCAGGUGAGGCGGGGUGAGUGGAAGAAGGUGCCUGAGUUCCCCGAGCGCUUCAACUUCCUGCUGAGCGUGCUGGCGACCCAGGGCUUCAACGCCGGCCGUCACUAUUGGGAGAUCGACGUGGGCGACAACACGGCCUGGGACGUGGGUGCCGCCAAAUCUUCGGUGGAGAGGAAGGCCAUCCCAGAGAACGGGAUCUGGGCAGUGGGCCUGUGGGACAAGGAGUACACCGCCUUCACCCACCCCCGCACCGUGCUGCAUCUGGGGAGCAUGGCCCCCAAGCGGGUGGGGGUCUACCUGGACUAUGAGGAGGGCCAGGUCUCGUUCUACAACGCCAAUUCCAUGGCCCAUAUCUACACCUUCACAGAGUCCUUCACCGAGACAGUCUACCCUUACUUCAGCACCGAGAGCCGGACCGAACCUCUGAGGUUGGUCACCCUGAGGCUGUAAUUCUUGGUAACACUCCAAAGGGGGCGCUCUCUCUCUCUCUCUCUCUCUCU